AUGAGCUCAGAAUCUUUGGAAACAGAUUUUCCUCUCAUGGAUAUCUACCAACGGUUAGUUGUGAAGGGUUGCAACGUCUAUUUUAAUGACUUUGAAAAAACGUUAUUGGAGGCUGAUAAUGUCUUAUUAUGGAAAGACGUUCGAAAGAACGUGCAUGUUUAUAAGAAAACGCCAUUGCAUGUAAUUGUCAUUGUACAAGUUCUGAUUACUAUGUGCUUGGUGUUUGCAGAAUACCCAUAUCCAUUUAUGACAGCAGAUGCUAAAAAGGCAGCUGCAAGAGAAUAUGAUUACAUUGUUGUUGGAGGAGGUACAGCUGGGUGUCCUCUGGCAGCAACUUUGUCACAGAACUAUUCUGUUUUGGUAUUGGAGAGGGGAGAUUCUCCUUAUGGAAAUCCCGAUGUUGAGGAUUUCAAAGGGUUUUUCAAGCUUUUGGGGAGUGCCAAAAACUAUCCUUAUGUAGCGCAGGGGUUUGUCUCAGAAGAUGGAGUACAGUCGAUAAGGGCCAGAGUUCUAGGAGGUGGAACAGCUAUCAACUUUGGUUUCUACAGCAGAGCGAGUUCUGACUAUAUUCGGAAAAUGAAGUGGGAUGAGAAACUUGUAAAUGAGUCGUAUGAAUGGGUGGAAAAGUCUAGUGCCUUUAAACAACACAAGCUUUUUACUUGGAAUUCUGCUUUCAAGGAUGCUCUACUUGAAGCUAGAGUAGUUCCUUACAAUGGAUAUACUUUGGAUCAUUUACAAGGCACCAAGAUUAGUGCUUCAACUUUUGACCACAAUGGAAAGAGACAUACAGCCGCAGAUCUUCUCAAGUAUGCAAAUCCAGAUAAUAUUGUAGUUCUUCUCAAUGCUACGGAUUCGCCUGGUACUAAUCCACAAGCAAGUACUAUGAUGCUUGGAAGGUAUACAGGAAUUCGUAUCCUUCAAGAGCGUAUGAGCACUAUGAAAAUAAUUCAACCUUAG